AACACGGAAAAGAUGCAGUCGCCAUUUUGCGUUAUUGGUUUUUACGUGUGUAUGCAGUGCAGCUAGUUUGAUAUACCAAUUCUCAUUACGUAUCGCAAAGCAUUAAUUAGCAUAUUUUUGCUAAUCCUCGAUUGUUAAAAGCCGACAGAAUAGAAUGGGACGUAAGAAGAAGAAGCAGUCGAGACCCUGGUGUUGGUAUUGUAAUAGAGAAUUUGAAGAUGAGAAGAUUCUCAUUCAGCAUCAAAAAGCAAAACAUUUCAAAUGCCAUAUCUGUCACAAAAAGCUUUACACAGGGCCAGGGCUUAGUAUACACUGUAUGCAGGUACAUAAAGAAGCAAUAGAUAAGGUACCUAAUUCUUUGCCAAAUCGUAGCAAUAUUGAAAUAGAAAUUUAUGGCAUGGAAGGUAUACCGCCAAAUGAUGCAAAAGAACAUGAAAGGCAAAGGAAUGGAGGCAGACCUGGUUCGCCGAGCUCUGGCGAAGACGAACCUGUCCGGAAAAAGACAAAGCCAGAGGGUUUGUUGGGUUCUGCACCAGGGGCAAUGCCUACAGGUUCAAACAUGAUGCAAGGCGUAAUGCCAGGUAUGGCCGCUCAUCCGGGUAUGCCACCAAUGGGGCAGUUCCCACCACCUAUGCACCAUAUGAUGGGACCUAUGGGUCAUGUAGGUCCACCUUUCAUGGGACCUGGCAUGAUGCCUGGAAUGCCAGGUAUGCCACCAGGUAUACAACCACCGGUGUCAGGUGCAUCUAUUCCACCAGCUCGACCAUUAUUUCCAAGUGCCGCGGCUGUUUCGACAGCUGCGUCUACAGCUGUGACCUCUCCUCUAGGCACAGAUUUUAAACCAAUUACGUCAAUAGCUGGUGGUUCUAUAGGACCUAUUAAACCAACAUUCCCUGCUUACAUUAAUGCCGAUAGUAAUACCACCACUAGCAAUAAUAUUGGAACAGAUCAAAAAGUAAAUCUUAUAGCAACUACUAGUGCUGCUAUUAAAAUCAUUCAUCCACCAGAGGAUCUUAGUUUAGAGGAAAUUAGAGCAAGACUUCCAAAAUAUCAACGGCGGCAAACUGAAGAAACUCGAACUGUACAGACUGAUCCUAGUCAACAAGCUGCUGCUUUGCAGCAGCACCAUCAACAACAACAACAGCAACAACAACAACAGCAGCAGCAGCAGCAGCAAGCUGCAGCUGCCAAUGCAGCUGCUGCAUUUCAGGAUCAGCAGCAAAGACAACAAGCUGCAUUAAAUGCUCUUCAACAACAACAAAGAUUUCAGAGACCUCCACAGACAGUCAUGGUUCCUGCAUCGGCUGCAAUGCCUGUUAGUUCAGUUGCUCUGAUGGCACCGCUUAUGCGGCCUACUAUGACUCUAGCUGCACCUGCUCUGAUUCAUGGAGGUAACAUGAUGCGACCGCCCCCCAUGGGCCUGCCACCAGGUGGGUCGAGCGGCCAACGAUAUUGCAUCUGUUCUGAUUCCUUCAACGCCGGACAGCCACACUUUGAUUUUGGACACAUCACGACCCUUUGGACGUGAAAUGCCUCUUCUUGAAACUAGAGUACUCGGGAUGAUAGGAGCGUUACCACCAGGCGCGAUGCAUCCGGCAUUCGCAACCCCAAUGGGUUUUCCUGGUGCGCCGAUGUUGGCUCCAAUGAUGCACCCACGCUUCAGAUGAUCACCUCCCAUGGACGGGCCCACCCCGCCACUGCACUUCGUGCUUUGGGCCCGCCCCUAAAUUUUAUUAGGGUUCGGACCUGAUCGAGAAGAAGAAAGAAGCACGCGUAAAACAUGUUCGCUCGCGUGGACACACUUCGUUGAUCGGCCGCGGCUGCACUUGACGCAUCCUCUCCCACGAAGUUUACAAGAAGUUAGCAAAAUCUUUGUUUUUUUAAUUAUAUAUGAUUGCAAAACACAUCACGUCAGUGCCUGAGAGGGUUUACCAGGUGCAGUGGAAACGGUCGGCUGUUCUCCUUAGACUUUGCACCAGUAAAAGGAGAAUAAACAAUUUUACAAUCGUUUGCAUGGCUCCACGAUUACACAAAAUCAAAGCACUGCUGUAAUUUCAUUCUAAAGGAGCUUGAGCCAUUCCGAAUGUUGUACGACAAAUUUGUUUGUCUAACAAACGCAUCAAGGUUUUGAUCCUUCGAGUAACCUUUAGUACUCAUCUUUGUUGUUAUAUUGUCAUCCACAUAUCUAGCAUUGAAAUUAUAGUUUUAUAAAACGUAAUGGCAGUGCGUUGUUGAUGACUGUAUUAGCGCGAAAGUUUCCGUUAGGAUACUCCUAAGCUGCUGAUACAGACGUAUUGUUGCUAAGUCAUAUGUAAACAAUUCUACG